GUUUGAUAAUUUAAUUUGUUUGAAAUGUAUUUUGCGUCAAUCCGAGUCAUUUUACUCUCGAUAUAGUGUAAGGAAAGUUGUUUGCCGGGCUGUUACGUUCUGAGAUCACAAUAAAUUUGAUCUUUGUUGUGUUGAAAAAUAGUUAAAAAUCGUUAGCAUAAAACAUUGAACUAUAAGUUAAGAGAAAAGAGCCGAUGGCGUGCUGUGAUUGGUCAGGUGAUGUUCACUAUACUUAGAGAAUUUUGACGAUUGGGAGAGACAGAACUCUUUGGAACCAGAUGAAUUCCAAUAUAUUAACACAUUAACUAUGAUCUCCUGAACUCAGUUUAUCGUAAGGUACCAGCCAACAUCUCUUAAGCCACUGAUUGGCCACAGACGGCUCCAACUUGAACAGCGCAUGUCCCCAACACAAUAAUAGAACAAGGUUAAACGCUCCACGCCUUUCUUUCAAACUUGGCUCAUUGAACCCGGCUACCAGCUAUAGCUGGGUCUCCUCCGAAGAUUUCUUUAUUUUGAUUUUUUCAUGUCUGAAAUUAAGAACCAAAUCGGCAUUUUUUGUAGCAUGCUAUUACAGUGCAGUUAUUUGUCAUCAAAUGCAAAUAAAGGCCUGGAUGCUAAGCAAACGUCGUGGGACAACUAACCCUUUACCUCUUGGCAUGAUUUGUAUCUUAUUUCUCCUCGCGGUAUCACUACUAAAUCAAAGAUUAAGAUCACGAGAUUACAAGAAAUGAUCACAAACUAAAAUAGCUAUUGUUUGUUAAACAAAGCUUCCACGUCAGCACCAUAGGGAAUAUGAAGAGGGUAAUUUAGAGAAUAUGCAUGAUUUAUUCAAAAUUUUUAAUUCUUAGUCUUACGUUGAUAUGUUUUGGAGGUUCAAAUGCUGGAAAUGGCUUCGAAAACUUGUUCAAAUUGUGAUUAAUGGCAGGUAUGCAAGCCUUAAAGUUAAUUAGGAAUUUUUUUCAAAAGAUAAGCACAAGUACGCUUGCCCAACCUUUUUGAAGAGCAGAUAUUGAGAGUGCAAAGUUCCCCUCCCCCUGCCCCUCAACUUAAUUAAGAGUGCUUGGAGUGAAAUAAUACCCGAGGGGUUUGAUUGUGAUUUGAGGGUUUUCUGAGUGAAUGAGUUCAAAAUGGUUAUCUUUCGGCUGCAUAGUUAGCUAAUGCAAUUGGCAAAGUCCUUGUGUAGCGAACAAAGCUGUUAUAUUACUAUCACAUGAGUUUUUUUUAUAUAUAUAUGGUUAUAAAUAGCACUAGAUGCUAAAUGCAAACAAUCUGAAGAAAUAAAACGAUUUGACUUUUCCAAAGUGAGUUUAAGAUUCAUUCUGUACUUCUAACAGAUUGAAGAGUUUAAAGUCUAUUUCCAAAUAAUUUUGAUCGAUCUAUUUCAGUCGUUUAGUCUGACAAGUAUAGUUCCUACCAGUUAGGUAAACAGGAAAUUGCAACAAAAAAAAGCUGGAAAAACAGGAAACUUGACGGUUUAUUUUGUUUUCAUGACAUUGAUAAACGCGAGGGUCUUGCAUUUGGAAGGUCUGGUCCACAGUUCUGUUGUAAACUUGGUGAUCUAAGAGACUGGAUUUCAAAGAACGAGAACAGAUCAUAUCUGAACUUUAUUGAAGGUAAAGUUGCACUGCUUGGCUUUUGACAAAAAGCCAAAUGGUUUUUUGGUUCUAUGAUUACAAAUAUAAUUUGCACUAAUACUCGUCAUCUCACAGGAAAUGCUUUGAAUUCAUUCACUUGAAAGUCUCGUGAAGACAAUGCCCGAAUUUUUUUAAAUUGAGUUACAAAAUUUUUCCCAUAAAGAUUUAACUGCGAUAACUUUGAGUUCUGUUUAACACCACGAAGUCUGUUACGCAUUAAAAAUGCAUUUUCAUAGAGAAUUUUUUUUCUUUCGCAUCGGAAAGAAAGUUUUUUUGAUACCAAACUUGAUUACUUUCAAAACUUCUGAAAGCUUAGUUGUUUAUCUGUUAGCAGUUUAAUGAUAGUUCAUUUACUUAAGGCACACAGAGGUUAGUUUUUUCUGUAGUAAUGUUUUUCGUCACCAGAUACACAUGAGAAAAGUCAUUGUUUUUGGUAUUUUUAGGCUGUGGUGAAGCUUCAUCUUGGCUGAACUUCGCUCGCAGGUAAUUGCGUGAUUGAUAUGCUGAAAAAAUCCACCGCCUCUCGGUUACGACUUACCUUUGUUUGAAGAACUUCCGGUCGAGUGGAGCUCUUUGUAACGAAGGUCCUUACGCACUGAAACAAAGGCCUCCUGAUGUUAAUGUCAUAAUUAGGCAACCACUGAGUCGAUCAAGCAUUGUGUGAGCACUGUUGGGUUAAACGAGACGAAGGAGCGAAGGAGUCAAACUGUAUAAAAAGAUAUCAAAGCCGACUGAAAUAUAUUUUUAUUUGAGUCGCUUUGUCAUUCCCAGGAAAACAGAUCAAGGUGGGUGGAUUAAUCCCGUUAGCUUCAACCGAAAAUUAGUCUCUUCAUAGGAGUAAAAUCUAUGCGCUAAAUGGUUAGAGCUUAAUGGAAGCAACUUUGCAAAGAUCUCUCCAAAGUCGUGACUUAAUUGAAAGAAACUCGGGCGGUUUUUGUAAUUUCCAGUCGAGUCGGGGAACUCUUCGACGCAUAAUCCAUAAUCACCUUGUAUCAAGCCUGAAACAAGUUUGUUAGUUCGGCCAGCAGCACUCAGAAAUAUAGAACCUCGUACGUAUCUCACAUGUGUAAAGCAUGGUAAUUUACCAAAUUUGGUGAACGAAUUGAUUGUAGCAUCUAGACGGCCGAACAUGAAUGCAAAAUUGCUAUGCAUAUAGAAUUAACCCCCUUGAUAGCUAAGGUGUGUCAGCGAGUAUUAGCGAAUGAAACAACAUGGGUGUCAAAAGUAAGAGCAGUGAUACUUUAUUCCUUAAAAAACAAAGGAAAGAAUCAAGAUAUUUGGUAUGUAUCACAAAGAAACUCUGUUUUGACUCAUCAUUUUGCCCUUGGGUCGACAUGUAACAUUCUUUGUUGUCGGAUUUAGGUGAAUUUAAGACCCUCCACUGAUUAUCGGUCGAGGUUUUUUGGCGCCAUAACGGACACGAUUAGUCUCGAGAAUUAACAUAUACGGGAGCCACGAUAGAACGAACGGUAUUCCAACAUAAACCGCUGUUUAACGAAGGUGAUCUUGCGUUCAUUAAUUUUACUUUGUAUGGAAAAUGACUGCGACAGGACGAACCCCGUUACAUUGAACACACACGCCAUUCGGUCGGCACUCAAGGAUCGCUCUGCUCCCCUAAAUAUAUCUAUAAUUUAAAACCCUUUUGGCAAAUAUGUUCCACAUCUGAAAAACAAUUAUUAAAUCAUAAGCCUUUUGAAUAAUUUAGUAAUCCGCUAUAUUGGAGAAAAAUAAUUAUGCUAUUGAUGGCGCAAAGAGAGCGCCAUCGAGUUCAUAAGCUUUGACUUUCUCGGUUACGCUUAUUGGGGUUCAGUCGUAUUCUAAGCCGAAGCUGUUCCAGUAACAGGGCGACUUUUCUAGAUGAAAAGCCUUUGUGCCACCCUAUAUCUUCAUGUCUUGAUAGGAUAAGGUUUGUAUGGGCCAUUGUUCUUUCAAUUUAAAGCAUCUAGGUGAAGUUCAACAAUCUUAUCAUCUUCCGUCUGACGGAAAUACGCUGCAACGUCUAAUCUAAAUUGUAACUAACAUAACUCAACACAAAAUAUGGCUAGGACAUCAAAUUACACCUGUAAGUACACCCUGUUAUCGAGUAGUCUACGACAAAUUGUGUGGAUCCUGAUGGCCAUUGAUAGGUCAGUGCUGUUACUACAAAGUAUUCAGGAGGAAAAACGCUACGGAGAAUGUAGGUCUUUGAUCGGGCGAGAGUAACCAAAAUGAUUUUUCAACCAGGCCAACAAGGGUCUACCCCAGUUACGAAAAUUAAAGCAUUCUUGAAACUACUGAUGGAUACGAUCCUUGUGCAAAGGAAAAUUCCAGAUAUAAUUCGAUAAAACCUGUCCAUCAGUGAAAGAUCAGAAGUCGUCGACGAACUAAAAUAGCUGAUCGGUUUCUUUUUUCAGUUUCGCAAGAAUGAGAUUGCCCAAAAACAAGACAAAUCCAUGUAGUGAAAGGGGGUCAACUCUGAUGUGAUUCCAAUGCGAGAACCAAUUAUUUUUACGAUUGCUUAUGCCGAUAAAAAGUUGAAACUUUUCAGCAGGUCCUUGCAGUGUAACGAACGGGUUGAAUUGAUUAUUUGGCAUCGUGUCGUCUUAAAGCUCUUUCACACUUAUUCGAAAGUAAGAAAAUUUGUUCUUUCUUUUCCUCAGUUAAAGAAUUUCAAAGCGCUGUAUCGCAGCGGUUCCUAACAUUCUCAACUGAUAAAGUCUCUGUCAAAUCCAAGAAAUUCUCAGAAGUAUUUAGCAAAGCAGCCUCGUAAACGGAAUGGAAGAAUCUUUUAGGUUCAUCCAUUGCUCAAGUCUUCGGAAAGAAGCACUUAAUCGCCAUCUCACACAUGGAAUGCUUUAGCACCCCUUUAGGGUCUUCCUAUCUUUGCUAUCACGCAGGACAACUUCAUUUUUGUUUUAUUUUUCGAAAUCCAAUGCAGGCUAGACCUCACACUUUAACAGGAUUAGCGACAAUGGUUUACUUUCCCAUUAGGUUCUCUUUGAGUCAAAUGUUAAUACUUUGAUUACGAACUGUAACUGUAAUUUCCACGUGGAAAACGUGUUUGCGGAGUAAAUUUUCCUGAUAAAACUAUUACGAAAGUGUAAGGAAAUCAGAAAAUAAAUGGAGCUGAUAUUUCCAUAUUUUGAAGUAAAAUUUCAAUCAGUCAGAAAAAGAUGGGUUCCUGACUUUCCCUUCCUAAUCUGAUUAAUCUGGCAGGUCUAGUCUAAACCAUUACCCAGUCCACGAGUCAUGUUUUACUUCUUAGGUCUCUAUUGUGUCGAGUUGCUAUUUUAACUUUGAUCCUAUUUUCACCGAGUUUAUAUAUCGUUGUGCUGACAGCAUAGAAGUGAUAAGCUCCGUAAUACAUUUCCUAGUAUGUUUCGGGUGACCAGGGGUAAAACUGUUCUCAGAGGAGGUUGGCAGUGAGCAGUCUUUGUGGUCAAACCUGUUAAUAUCAUUCUAUUUGAAAACUAAAUUAACUUUUCACAUUCUCAGCGGCCAGAACCUACGGUUAUUAGGUAUCCCUAUCUAUUGUGUGUGCUCAACUUAACUUUCGGCUCAUGAAAUCCACUAGCGAGCAGACAGUUGAAGUUUUUCUGAGAGAAUGUCUAAAAUUUCUAACAUCAAAUUUGCAAAGAUGGAAUGUCAGAGAAAAAAAAAGCAAUAGCCAUUUUUUGCCUUGAGAGGGUGCUAACAGCAAAGCAGAAGAUUAUCUUCACAGCACACAGUUCCCUGACAGACAGCUGUAGUCUAUCUAUAGAGCUAACUCUUCUAGGUUAGCUUUAAGACAACCAAAGCUAUGCCCGAGCCUCUCAUCCGGGAAUCCGACCGAACAAAAUCAUCAGAAUAAUAUGUCUUAAAAAUAGGAGGUAGAGAUACUUUAAGCCCCGACAAUCGUUAAACGAUCAUCUCCCAGGUGGUCAUUGUGGUCGAGUCAUUACGUGUCUUUUUCCUUAUCAUCACGUUUAGAAAUCAGUGAACUCAAAUCAACAUUUUGUUCGAGUGUUUGCUGUAAUUUUUGUUUCUAUAGUCCAACCCUUUCUAUGACGUCGUCUAGGUUCGGUCCUUGCGCGAGAUAGCAAAGCGAAGCUAUUCUAUUGGAGAGCCCUUUUAAAACAAAGACAGACUUACGACAUAGAUUUAGAAAAACGUCUUAUCAUCAUCAUCAUUGUCAUUAUUCUUAUUACUAUUAUCACCUUGAUAAUAAUAAUAAUAAUAAUAAUAAUAAUAUUGCUACAAUAAUCAAUUAUUGUAAUUAUCAUUAUUCCAUAUUUCGUUUAAACCAAGUGUUUCUUUUUCGGAAACAUGAUAAAUAAAAAGAACACGAAAUAGGGGGCAGUCAUUACCAAAACUAGUGAUUGCAUUAUUAACAUGGCACUAUCCUUUCCGGAGAGAAUCUGUAGCUCCACAGAUGUUACUAACUGCGAUAAAACCCCUAGUUUGUUAUCGUCUAAUUCUCUUUAUAACAAAAUUUUAGAGACAAUCUGAAAUCGCGGAAUACUUUCAAAAUUACCGGAACUGAUUUCAAGAUCUUGAAGAUUUUGAAAUUGUUGAUAUUAUUAAACAGAGCAGAACUGUUGUAUGAGAUUACUCUCCGAGACAAAAUUCCUUCUCAUGAUUCAGUAAGGGUUUAUUCAGUUCAGUAUUAAGACUUUCAUCUUUACCAGCUAUCGUGAAGACGUUUUUAAAGCUAAGAGAAACCAAAUCAUUGAAAGGAAAACGGAAUAGUAAAGGACUUUCGUUGAAAGGCACGUAUGAUGAUAUUACUGGCGUUAUUAUGUUUCAUGCCAUGAGAAAUUCUAUAUGCUUUGAUCUCUACAAGAAUUCUAAAAUCCGGAAAGAUCGAAAACUGUGGUACGCGAACGGGCAAUGUGAUAAAAUAAAGCCUUAACACCAACUAAUUAGAGAAAGUAUCGUGUCCCAGAUUUUUUUUUUUCUCUUACUUCCAUUUUCCCCUCGCUCGGGUGCGCCAGUCUGGAAUGAAUAAUUGAUUCAUCAAUUAAAUUAAUCAUGAACUGAACAAUCAACCUUGAUGAGGACGUUUAUUUCCAAAUACUUAACAAAAACGUCCAACUCUCGCCCCAUAAGCCUUUUUUCCUACUUGUCUAUUGCCUUCCUUUCCAGUUUAAUGACUUCGUUCUGCUAGCUUGUUUUGGCACCCUCAUUACAUCCUGAGGAAGUCACCCUUGACCCUCUUUCACUUCAAUCCAAUUUGCCUUUCUUAAAUCUUUUCUUCUCAGACAAGGCCUGUAUAUUAAAGCCCAUCUCAAGACGAUGGACUUAAAAAUAGCUUUUCUCAAGCAAUUUUAUACGGUCUGGUAGAUGUUUGUGAAUAGACAACAUGAUUUGUUCAUGGGAAAAAAUAAGUGGCUGAGUAAUUUUCCUAACGAUCCCUUCAGUUUUCCCACCAAUCUGUUGCCUUCAGGGUAAUUUAGCAUCAACUGAGUUGAUAGCGUAAAUUGGCCUCCAUUAAGGGUUACAAAGCUGACGUUUCGAGCGUUAGCCCUUCGUCAUUCGCCGUUGCUCAAAACGUGGGCUUUUAAACUCUUUACGGUGGCUAAUUCACGUUAGCAACUCAGUUGGUAAGACCAAAUUACCUUGUUAUACUCUCCCACCGACGCAGCACCACAGUUUCUUUUUAUAAAGUUACCCCCUUUAUUCCCUUGCCCUCAUAGACAACUUGACUUCGAACCCCCAUCACACACUCAAGGUGUGCUUUGUUGAGGAAUUUUUUUCCUUUUUUUGAUAAUCCAAUUUAUUUUUCUAUCAACAAGUUGUAUCGAUAUAUGGCACGUACACACCCGUAAUAGAUGUUUCGCGCAGUAAGACAAGAAUGACCUUUCACCAAUAAGUUUCCCCGAAUGAACAACUCUACCACGACAAUGUACUUCAAGCUGUCAUCUGAGAAAUCAAAAUAAUAAUUUAUCCCUAAAGCACAAGGGGGAGUCAGCAAAGGUUUCACAGUGUCAGGGCGAGUACCAAUAUCACAAAAAGAAAAGUGAGGCGAGAAAGAAUACCGUUAACAGAAGUCUUUCAAACGAACACCCAGCUUGAUAAAAAAAUCAAUGAUUAAAACAAAAUGCAUAUAUAUUACAUAUAUACUUUUCUUUUUAUAUUUCGUCCGGUACGACCCAACUUCUCUGAUAUCAGCGGCCUAAAACUAAACAUAAUCAUUGUGAUACUAUUGUCAACACAAAGAGAUAUUCAUAUAUAACAAGAAAAAAAUUGUUAAAAAAAAAAACGUUAAGUAUUUUUUUCCUAAAGACGUUAGCAUUUUCCUUUUAGACUGGUUACUCCAUACUUGGGUACCCUGUGUGUGCACCGUUCCCAAAAUAGCGCAAAUGAAAUUUGCAUGUCCUUGACCGCCGGUUGCGGUUGUAUCACGCACAAACAAUUAUUCUUUUGCGCUCCCCGCGGCUCUAAAAUUACUACUUAUCCAAACUGUCAUCCCAGUUGAUUCAUAAAAGCCCCCUAUGUUUGCUGAAUCAAGUUCUGUCGCAUUUGGUGGGGUGCAUUUAAUUUGGUUGUGUACACAAAUAGGCAUUCCUGCGCUGUCGCGUUCCUCUGAGACGCAGAAAAUUAGCAGAGGGAUUGCUGGCGUUAAUUCAACGUCACGAAGCCCCUAGCAGGUGUUUGUUUUGAUGGAAAAUAGGGCUAUGGACAAAGCAGGAAACCCCUAACAAAGACGUUAACACUCUUCUUGAGCCAUAAUUACAUCUUGGCACUUUCGGUACCUUUUGAAGUGCAAAAAACAAGAAGAAAGAUGCGUUUGAUUCUUUGCUUGGCUUUUUCGAAAGGCAUAAUAGAGAUGGACCUUCGCAAUUUUAAAUGUAUUAAAGAAAUCUUCUAUCGCUGUUAGGAAAUAGCAUCGGCGACUUAGGUGUUAGAAAACAAAUAUUUUAGCGAACCUACUGGAAAAAAGCAAGAUAACUGACGACCGGAAACUAUAUUGUUUAUGGAGAAGCAAUUGUGUAUAUUGUUCUUUUUUUCUCAUGAAGUCGAGCAAUAUCAUUUUGGUUUAGUUGUUUGAAAACGUCGGUAAAUAACUGGACACUUUUAAACAGAAGAUUCAUUUUCAAGACUUCGGAUCAAAAACUGCCACAUAUUUAAGAUUUCAACGCUACCGCAAUCGCUGGCCUUAGAGCAGAUUUAUAACGGCAUCCAAUAUUCAAACACCCCUCCAGGCCAAUACGCCACUUUCAAGUGUUGGGUUACCGGACUCGAAAUGGCGGUCUCUUUCCAUCUGCAUACGCUAAAAGCGUUUCGGCAGAUAAUUAAAUUGAUCGAGAGUUGACGUGUUUGAUUUUUCUAUUUCUUUCUAAGCCACCAUUCCCGAGUACUUGCUGGUUUCUGGGCAGAUUUGUUUGUCAUCUUAAAUCGCAUCACACUAGAUCGGAAACUGGUAUCGGAAGUGAUGGGUUUGAUGGCAUAGUGGUUGACCCAAUUUUCGGUCUCCUUUAUAAGGGUGACAUGAACCCCAUGAAACUCUAAGCCAUCACUUACAUCGAUAUCAAGUGUCUUUAUAGCCUGGAUCCAAUCCUGUAGUUUCCCUAACGCGCGCUUAUCAAAGCAAAGAAACAAGAACAAAUAUACAAACUACUCGCGCUGUCAAUCUUGGGCCGAAAAUUAGAGCAAGAGAAUUGUUUCAAGGAGUUGACAGUUACCAGGAAAACACGAGGUCACAAGCGCUCCAACCGAAUACUGCAAGAAACCAAGAAUUCUGGAGCAAAGUGCGACGCAACGAUCAGAAGGCAAGAAAUGACAAACCUCCUAGGAUUUUGAGUUCAUUCUAUGAAAUGUUUAGAAGGUUCAUUAUGUAAAUGAAAAGACAUACGAACGAACCCUUUGUCUGUUGCCUUUGUUCUAACCAGAAUAAAACCGGAAGUCACAUUGAGUGAGACUGUCUUCAGCAAGCAAUAUGGCAUUUUAAUAAACAGAUAAACAGGCCUUCCAUUGAUGUGCGAAAAUUUUUCUAACGCUGUUUCCCCAUGUCGGAAGGAAGUUUGCAGAAAUGUAAAGAUACACAGUUUAUCGACAGAUCUUCUGUUUUUAUUUGAUUGCCACGCGCACACGAUAGAUUGAAAAGCAAAUGUCUUGCUAAGCAAUCGAUUCAAAAGGGGCGGAUGCAUGACGUCACAAAUCACAAUAGUUCGUGGGCGGUGAAAUUUUCGUUUUUCUGUUUGUAGCUCAAGGCAGCGAUGUGAAUACUGAACUCAUUCGAGUGCUCCACGCGUGAGCUGUUGUUAAAGUUAGUUAUCAAGUACUCGCAAACCGCGCGCGCUGCUUCGUGUAGAGUUCUCAAUCACUGGUUAGUCGCCCGAACGCGCUGGAGUGUAACGUGUGUUGGGUUUAUUUGCUUUCUGAAUGGAUAAGUUUACUGACCAAUGUCGCGAUCAGUAAGAGUCCCGACUACUGCCGGAAACAUUCCUCCAUUUCCUGCGCUGGCAGUGCAUUCUCAACACGGAACUUUUGUUUGAUUACACUGGGCAUUCGAGAACGAUUUGUUGUGAGCAUUUUGAAUUAGGUGCCUGUAUAACUGCUAACGUCGGUGUAGGUAUGGGAAAAUGAAUAUCACUUUUCUGUUACAACUCCAGCUGUAUGCCCUUCAACCUCUAGCAUUCUGAUACUAUAUAUAAACCCGUGUUUUGAUUAACGUAAUGUUAAUUGAUGAAAGCUUUAUUCAUGUUCAUUUAGGUCCCAAGGGUUUUCAUUUGGUCAACGUACUUUGGGUUUAAUUUUUCAGGUCGCCUGUAGUUCUCCCGUUUGCUGUGGCCUUAUGAUGGCGUUCGGAAUUCACUCGCUGGGUCGAGGUGAACCUGAAGACGCCUGAUCCCGGCGAAAUUAAUCUACAGCGUUUUGCAUGAGGUCUGUUUGAAUGGCGAUCAAUGUUUGAUGGCGGUAGAGACAGCCAUAACUAUACACGAGAACCCUUUGGAAAAGACCAUUGUUUGGGAGAAAAGGAGUGUGGAAUACGACUCAAAACAUCGGAUACGACCACACAACACUGUUGGAAAAGUUGAGACGAUUGUGAGUAAAGAUGAAUAUCACUCUGACUAUUGUGUUAUCGCAGCGGCCACGAAGCGAGAGACGAGCACUACACCUCGUCAGCCGAUCUUAGUAGCGGAUCGUGACAUGCGGUUAAGUUUAUCGACUCCCGCCACUAACCGAACGUUCAAUGCAUUUGUUAGGAGGCACACGGGAGGAACUAUACGAAAUACACAGACGCAGGUUGUAACUUCACAGCCGAGACCCACAUUACGGGCAGCAUCGGCGCAAAUAUCACGAUCGACUUGUCGAAGUAGUAAUGUACUCCAAAGCAAACAUUAUGAAGAUGAAGAUGUCAAAAUUUUUUGCUGUAACCGGGACGUGGACGUGUUAAUAGACUAUGCAAGUUGUAUGUGCGGGGUCAAAGCGGUGUUGUAUCAUUGUUCGAAGGAUUCGUUUGAUGAAGGCAGUUUGGCAGAGCACCCGUGCUCGUGUGGUCCCCCAAGUAAAUCUUGUUUCGGAAGAUGGGGUUGCUUGGCGGCUUGCUCUUUAUUUCUGCCGUGUCUUUUUUGCUAUUUACCGCUGAAAGGAUGUUCUGAGAUGUGUUUUUGUUAUAAAAGACAGAGGAAAGACAUGAAUUGGCAAAGAAGACCCAAAGAUCCUGUCUAA